AAGAACUAGGAGCUGGUUUAUACCUAGCUACGCACUGCCAUUAAAAUAUUUCCUUCCUUAAAAUGCCUUCUAUAUUCUCAAGUAUUGUUGUAUUGUUGCUAAUAUAAUCUCAAAAUUAAAAUUGUUUUCAGAGGGGAGGCACUCCUGAAACUAGAAAUGGAAGUACAGAAAGCUUUUCGUGAAGCUGGCCUGGAGUUUGCAAAACAGGGUGUUCCCAUAACGCAAGAAUAUUCAUUGUUAGAAAACACCGAAAUGUCUGCAGUUGGUCUGCUUCCAGCAGCACUUGAGGCAAUUGACAUAAGAGAAAUGCUUGCCGCAAUGCUGGUGCAUCAUUAAUGGAUGAGUCGAACAGAAUCAUGGUGCAUUGUUGUUUAUGCUUUGUAUUGGGCUUCUGACGGGAUAGGAUCAAAGGAUAUGGCUGUUCUUCCUUACAAGGAUAGUCUACUGUUGUUUAGUCGGUAUUUGCAGCUGCUGGUCAUGAAAUCUCUUGGGAAGGAGUUUGACUUGGAUGGUAAUCAGGUGAAUCAAGGACCUACUGUCUAUGGGAAUAAAGUUAUAUUCAGCAACUGAGAUAAGGUGUGCAGAACUUCUUUGUGAUGUUCAUUGAGGUGCAUCGUGAUAGACCCCCCCCCCCCCCCCCCCCCCCUCUCCUGCGGUCAUGAUUGGGAGCUUGAACAUGGCGUCACAUGUGUGACUACCUCUUUGGUAUGCUGCAGGUUUGAUCCAAAUAGCACCAAGUCUAAAGAUAGAAGUUCAGUUUUGUUGUGUUAGCUGAUAAAGCGCUGUUACUUUUAUGUCUUUUUAAACUGAACAUACUGAUUAAAUUUC